CGCAAACCCUAGUACCAGGCCGCCAGUCCCGACCUCCCCGGCUCCAGCCCCCGCGCACGACCAGCUCUGACGACCCCGCUCCUGCCUCCCACCUCCUCCGGUGGCCUCGCGCCUGACUCCCUCCUCCGGCACCCAGGCCAGCCGCGCCCCGCCUCUCGCACAGGACGGAAAUGAUGCCUUCUCCUUUUUGUUAGCUGAUUCUGAUCAAACUGGUUAGUUCGAUAGAGAAUAUCAGUAAUAUCUUGCUGCCCAAACUGCAGCUUCAACUGAUUCCGCGUCAGGAGCACUUAGAGCAACCAUGGGGGGGAAAUCGGAGCAGAAGUCUCGAAAAGAGAGGCGGAAAGAGGCGAGAUCAGAGAAGCACAAGCUGCGAUUUCUUUCUUGGGUUGGGCAUCAGGGUGGCAAAAAGAAGAAGCCGUCAAUGUCAGUAGUAGAGCCAAGUUCGGUUGAGGAGAAGCCAAAGAAAGAGCCUGAUGGCAUGAUGAAGAAGAAGAGAAAGAGGGAAGCAGAGGGUAAGCGGAAGCCCAGGUCCAACUUCCAGGAAUAUCUUGAGAUGGAGAUGGGUGGACCUGUGAGCAUGGAGGAGGAUCUAGAGAUGGAGAGGAAGCUUGCAAAAAAGCUCAAGUUGAAGAAAGGAAAGUUGGGAGGUCCUGAUGAUGGUAUGGAUGACCUUUUUGCGGACCUUGGGUUUGGUGGUGACUUUGGUUCAGAUGAUGGUGAAACAAAAGCAUAUGAUUGGAAUGUGGUGGAGGACACUAAUUUAGACAAGAGAAAAGGUAAAAAGAAAAAUAAGGAGAAAAAGGAUGACACAGUGAUGGAGGAACCAGAUGACAUUGAUGAAGAGAAUGGUCGGAAAAAGAAGAAAAAAAAGAAGAAGGAUGGUAUGGAGAAGGAGGAACUGGUUGAUGUAGGUGAAGAGAAUGGUCAGAAAAGGAAAAAGAAGAAGAAGAUGAAGGAUGACUCAGAGAUGGACGAACCAGAUGAUGAAGGUGUUCACAUGGAUGAAGAGAAUGAUGGAGCAGUCCUGGAAUCUGAGGAUGGAGUGUCUAAUGUGGUUGAACUGCCCAAAGAAUCAAAAGGGAAGUAUGUACCUCCGAGUCUGCGUAAUGCUUCCAAUUCAGAAUCAGAAGAAAUUGCCCAGAUGCGUCGCAGAGUAAGAGGACUUCUGAACAGACUUUCAGAGUCAAAUGUGGAGUCCAUUACUCAGGAAAUUGCCACACUUUUUCGAUCUGUUCCACGAAGUGAUGGCUCCCAGAUAAUUGGGGAUGAGGUUUUGGCUAGUUGUUCCCGAGGACCUCGUGGCAAUGAACAGUAUGCCGCUGUCUUUGCAGCCUUUGUUGCAGGUAUGGCAUGUUUGGUCGGUGUUGACUUCAGUGCCAAGAUCCUUGCAUCUAUUGCUAAGUCAUUUGAGGAUGAGUAUUCAAAAGAAGAUGGUCUAUCUUUGAGAAACCUUACCUUACUCUUCUGCUAUUUGUGCAUAUUUGGUGUUACCUCAAGCGAUCUUGUGUAUGAUCUUCUGUCGAUUCUGAGCAAGCGCUUGACAGAGCUAGAUGUCUCUACAGUGUUGACCAUCCUACAGUGCUGUGGAAUGAAGCUGCGGGGAGAUGAUCCAUGUGCUAUGAAAGAUUUUGUCCUUAGUAUUCAGAACUCUGUGAAUGAUCUUAAAUUGCACUCUGGUGUUGGAGCAGACGGGAAGACUGAUAUACGUAGCAGAAGAAUGGAAUUUAUGCUUGAAACCAUAUGUGACAUUAAGAACAAUAAGAAAAGGCCUAAAGAGGAUCCUUCACACCAUACUCGAAUAAAAAAGUGGCUUCAAAAGCUUAAGGCAGAAGAUGUCCUCUUGCGUGGGUUAACAUGGAGCAGGCUUUUGGACCCUGAUAAGAAAGGGCAGUGGUGGUUGUCUGGGGAUGUUCCAUCUACAGUAGCUAAGAUUGAAGAUGUUGCAGCUGUUAUAAGCAAGGAUGUUGCAGAGACAAAAAAACUUCUUCAGCUUGCAGCUGCUCAACGGAUGAACACUGACAUACGAAGAGCAAUCUUUUGUAUUAUAAUGAGUGCUGAAGACUAUGUAGAUGCUUUUGAAAAGCUCUUGAGGCUGGGCCUUUCUGGGAAGCAGGACCGAGAAAUUAUAAGGGUCAUUGUUGACUGUUGUCUGCAUGAGAAGAUGUUCAAUAAGUAUUACACAGUCCUUGCUUCCAAGCUAUGCAACCAUGAGAAAAACCACAAGUUCAGCUUGCAGUACUGCAUCUGGGACCAUUUUAAGGAGCUAGAUAAUAUGGAGUCAAGUAGAUCCAUGAACCUUGCGAAGCUAGUUGCGGAGAUGCUGUUGAACUUCACGCUCUCCCUCGCAACUUUGAAGGUUGUUAACCUGGCCAACCCGGUGGAGAUGACUCCGGCAAGGGUCUCGCAUUUCCGGAUGCUGUUUGAGACCUUGCUACAGAAAGACGAUGCACGCGUGUGGAAUGUCUUCACUCGUGUCGCUGGCCUUCCAGAGCUCGAGGUAUUGAGGGAUGGCAUUGUGAUGUUCAUCAAGCAGCACGUGAUCGCCGAGGACUCAGGGAAGGACUUGGCUAGCAAAUUCAAGAUUGCGAAGAAGGCGCUCGACAAUACUGCCGGAGUUCUGAUGUAACUCUGCCCUUGUCGAACAUUCUGGGCAUCUCCAAGUAAAACAAAGUUAUUAGAACAUUCUGCUGGAGUCCUCUGUUCUCGUUUUGCCUUGUUAUUAGAAUGCUUCUCCAAGAGACCUUUCAUGGGUUUUGAAUGCUUACCCAAAAAAAAGGCUUUGAUGGU